AUGUCUUUGAAAUGGAUGUCCCUUCUUCUGCUGAUACAAGUGAUGUAUUGCUUUAAUGCUGGAAGUUGUGGGAAGGUGGUCGUGUUGCCCAUGGAGUACAGCCAUUGGCUCAAUGUGAAGAUAAUCCUGGAUGAGCUUGUGCAGAGAGGCCAUGAGGUCACUGUCCUGACAUCCUCUGCUGCCGUUCAUGUGGAUUCCGGAAAAUCAUCUCCUUUUAAAUUUGAGACCUUCCCUACACCUUUGACUACAAAGGAAUUUGAAAGACAUUUCAAACAUUCUGUCAAUAUAUGGACAUAUGAGUUCCCCAAAUACUCAAUCUGGAAAUUGUAUUCAAAAAUGCAAAGCAUGUUUGAAGAACAUUCUGAUGUGUUGGAAAGCUUAUGCAAAUACAUGAUUUUCAAUGAGAAACUUAGGAAAACGCUACAAGAAUCAAAGUUUGAUGUCCUGCUUGCAGACCCUGUGGUUCCCUGUGGAGAACUUCUGGCUGAGCUACUGAAAAUUCCUCUUGUGUACAGUCUCCGCUUCUUCCCUGGCAAUGAAUAUGAGAAACAGUGUGGAGGACUUCCAUUUCCACCUUCCUAUGUGCCUGUUGCUCUGUCUGAGCUCAGUGAUCGCAUGUCAUUCAUGGAGAGGGUGAAGAAUAUGAUGAAUGUGAUUUUUUUUGACCUCUACUUUCAAACAUUUAAUGAGAAGAAGUGGAAUCAGUUUUACAGUGAAGUUCUAGGAAGACCCACUACAAUACUUGAGCUCAUGGCCAAAGCUGAUAUAUGGCUCAUUAGGACCUACUGGGAUUUUGACUUCCCUCGCCCACUGUUACCAAAUUUUGAAUUUGUGGGAGGACUCCACUGCAAACCUGCCAAACCUCUGCCUGAGGAAAUGGAAAAGUUUGUCCAGAGCUCUGGAGACCAGGGUGUUGUGGUGUUUUCUCUGGGGUCAAUAGUCAGUAACUUGACUGAAGAAAGAGCCAACACAAUUGCAUCAGGCCUUGCACAAAUUCCACAAAAGGUUUUAUGGAGAUAUGAGGGCCCCAAACCAGAAACCUUAGGAUCCAACACGCGGCUGUACAAGUGGAUCCCUCAGAAUGACCUGCUUGGUCAUCCCAAAACCAAGGCCUUCAUCACUCACGGUGGAACCAAUGGUGUCUAUGAGGCCAUCUACCACGGAGUCCCAAUGGUGGGCAUUCCUUUGUUUGUGGAUCAACCUGAUAACAUUGCUCGGAUGAAGGCCAAGGGAGCAGCUGUUAGACUGGACUUUACCAGGUUUUCAAGUGAAGAGCUUAUCAAUGCCUUGAAGACAGUCAUUAACAACCCAUUCUAUAAAGAGAAUGCAAUGAAGUUAUCAAGAAUUCACCAUGAUCAGCCAGUGAAGCCUCUGGAUCGAGCUGUCUUCUGGGUGGAGUUUGUCAUGCGCCACAAAGGAGCCAAACACCUUCGCCCAGCUGUCCAUGACCUCAACUGGUUCCAGUACCACUCUCUGGAUGUGAUUGGCUUCCUGCUGGCCUGUGUGGCAACUGCCAUCUUCAUCUUCACAAGAUGUUGCCUUUUUUGUUGCCGGAAGUUUCCUAAAAGUAGAAAAAAGAAAAGAGAGUAA